AUGCCUCCUAGGAGACUUAAGUCGAUUGUAUUGUCAGUAGCCGACGACUUAGCAACAGAGGACAUUCUCGACAAACACAUAGGUUUUGCAACACACAAAACAAAAGCUGAUGUCUUUAAAUUCAGCACAAAAACAGAGUUAAAUACACUUAAAAAACAAAUUGAUAUUUACAAAAAAUCAGUACAAGACACAUAUACCAUCAAUCAAAGAUUCAAAAACCUUGUGAACGACAUAAAAAUAGUCGCAAAACAAGUUAUUCCACGUGGGACCGUCAUUAAAACAUUGUGUGGUCAGACGGCAAUCAUUUAUCCUGAACAUAUAAUUAAGGGUGUAAAUGACUUCUCAAUACUAAGAAGUUCCAAAAGCAAUAAAGAUUUAUUGUUUUUGGGCCCUGCUGCAUACGUAAACCAUAGCUGCUCCCCCAACACCGAUUGGUCGUAUGUGGGCGAGGGAGUGUGGUGCGCAAAAGCAAUCAAAGACAUCGAUAUAGAAAGAGAAAUAACGACUAAUUACGGGCCAAGUUACUUCGGUGAAGACAACAUAGAUUGUGAAUGUGAAAUACAUGAGGUAGACCGAGUAAACAAUGAUGCUAAUGAACUUAAUACAGCCAACAUCAAUGAUGUGAAUAGUGAUUCAAUGCCUGUUUCUUCUUCAGAUUCUCCAAUGGCAGACAAAACAAAAACAGGUAUGAAUACAAAAUUGCUUGCAUUUGUUUGUGUUUCAUUUUUAAAAGAACGUAAUAAAACAGUGAUGGAUAGCAAAUCAGGCAAAGCAAAUAAUGUAAAGAAUACAGAGAAUACAGUUGAUAAUCUACAUAAUUCGACUUGUAAUAUAUCGUACCCAUCAAUAGCAGGAGAAGAUGAAACCGCGUUAUUAGAAAUAUCAAGUAAUGAUGAUGUAAACGACACGCCGAAAAAUGAGGAGUAA